GUGCGUGUGAGCUGUUACCCUUGCUAUAAAAUUCUCUCAUACAUCGCUCGCAUACCUUUUCACCCUAGUGUGCGUGCGAGCAUUAUGUUUUUUGAAUUUGCUUUGCCGCUGACGGAAAUGGGAGAGCGAGAGAGAAAAAGAGAAGCGCUGAGAAUGGCAAAACGGUACAGCCGAGCAGGGGCGCAGUGAAAAAAAGCAUCAAAACAUAAAAAGCCCUCGAAGCGUGCGGAUGUGCGUCCGUCUCGUGCUCGUGUGCAUUUCCCACUAUUUGCCGUGAUUUGCUGUGCUCUAAUUUCUUCCUAAACAUUUCGGACAGGACUGGAGAAAAAAAAACACCCAUUCCGAGGUAGUGAAAAACCCAAAAAAAAAUCUCAUACUCAUAUUUUAACAUCAAAACAUACACAGUGAGAAUAGUUUGGUGUAGCGCAACAACAACAGCAACUAAAAAAAGAACCGUGACCACUGUGCGUGUGUGUGCAGCGCGGCAGCAUCAAUCAACCCCCCCGCUCGGGAGUGUGUGUAUGGUUGUUGCCCCUCUGUUGCUAAAUAUCUAAACGGGGUAAAUUAUCCAAAUUGAUGGGGCUGCUGCCGCCGCACGACGAAUUUGAUCACAGUGAACAGCGCACGGCGUUUGUUGGUGAGAAGCAAAUUAACACCCUUCUCACAGUGUGAUGCAGUGAAAUAGCGAAAACGGCGGAAAAAAAAGUCACAAAAGAACCACCAGACAGCUUCUUGCUUUGGUGCGUGCAUCAUCCUUAUAUUUCCAUCUCGCUGGAAACGUGAAAGGUGUGAAAGGUGAUGAAAAGAAGCCGUGCUUGAGCGAGUGUAUGUGUGUGUGUUUGUGCGCGGGUGUUUUGUGCAGAAUCAAAAAUCAAGCGUUUGGAUAAUCUAGAUGUUACGGUUAAGCCAUUAAAAGAAAUGGAAACAAAAUUGUAAUUCACGCACAGAAAAAUCCGCUCACGCAUAGACGGACCUGUCGCUCAGGAUCAACGACGAUCCACGCACGAACGAGAAAGCAUUGCGUUGUGCAUCUAAGCAACAUUUUCCAUCCAGCAAGAAGGGUACACACAACCCUCACUAUCCUUCCACUCGCCGCAUCUAUCCGACCAGAGGAAAGAUAACGCCAGUCAACUGAGCCGGAGCCGCAACACCACAUCAAGGAUCGAUUGCGCGGGGCACAAAUUAAACAUAAACGUCCGGCGCUGGUACAGAGCACGCAGACACAGGACCCGACGGUUCGACGUACGGAAAAGGCAGACUAAUUUUUAUUGAACGACGCGCAGUACGAUCGCUGUACAAACACAAGACCUAGGCCACUAUUGCCCAGCAUACAUGAAAUGCAGCUUUUGGAGUUAAGACCCAACCAAAUGGCCGUUACCAUCAGCCCGUGAAGUUUGUGCAAAUAGAGUGUCUUCUUGAGCGCACCUUUGGUUUGGAAUUGGAAAAGUGACCGAACUCUCGGGCUUCGAUUAAACAUCAAACGGUGAGAUCAAGAUCAUCACACGGCGGACGGUUGUAGGAACUUCGUAACAUAGAAUGCCGCCGCAUGGCAUUCGAUGCAUCCGCUAGUUAGCAAUGGUGGCGAAUGCUAGUACGAGCGCCUUACUUCUAUCUCGACUCGAUGGCAGCAUUUCCGCCGGGGCAAAGCAAGCAUGGAAGCAGUAGCAGCACGAGUAGCAUCCUUCCAGCAAUGAAGCGGAAACAACAGCUGUACCACUGCGUCAGUAGCAUUAACAUCAGCAAACGAAACCGCAAGCGGAGUGGCAACCUACACCUUCACGAAGGCACCGACGAAGGUAAUGGGAAACGAGCGUUUACCAACGCUACUGUACGUUAUCUCUACCAGAUACAGCUGACCGGAAGCAAUCGCUUUGGCGCACCGGUGCGGAACUAGUGUGCGGCAAUAGGAAGUGCUGUACGACUUUCUUCCUACUACUACUACUUGUCAUCACGGUUCCAUUUUCAUGUGAUAAGAGGGAAGAAAAAUUACUACUACAACACAAUUAAGCAACAGCAAGCAACUUGCUGUAGAGCUUGGAUUUUUUCUGAGGGGAAAUCAAACAAAAAAAAACAUCAAGAAAACGAAAGAUCGUGUGUGUGUGUGAAGUUGGCGUGCACACGAAAGUGGUGAAAGAAUGACACAGCCGAGCUACUAUGUCAGCAAAUAUGCCGGAGAAUUCUGCAAGCUGGUGGUGGAGGGCGAUUUCAGCAAGGUUAAGUCGAAGUUCAAGGAGUUCGUGCUGGACUACCAAACGCCGGAAGAUCUUAAUACGCCGCUGCAUCUGUCGAUAAUAGCGCAGCAAAAUCGCAAUGAAAUUAUUCAAUUUCUCGUGGAAUCGGGUGCGGAUUGUGAUUUGCGCAACUCCAUGAACCUUACCGCUUCGGAGCUGGCGAUCAAUCUGAACUUUAUCGACGUGACCAAGUUCAUGCUGGCGGUCGAGUUUCGCAACCUGACGGAUUACCGUUGCUUUUAUCGGUUAAUACGGCGUGGUUCGGUACCGUUGUUGCAGCUAUUUCUCGAGCUGAAAUCGUUCGACAUCCAUCAGCAGAUCGGGUACGUGUCGAGCGUGUGGCACGAGCUGUACGUUAAAAAUGUCCCGCUAACAAAGAGCAUGGAAAACUUCCUGGAGUAUCAGCUGCUAAACUACAGCUACGCCUAUCACCAUCCACCGGCACAUCGACCCGAGCGGCCAAAGUUCGACAAGGAGCUCGAGCAGCGGAUCGAGCUGAUCGUUGAGUACACGCGCUACCUGACCAAGCACUACGGUGCGACGGACAAUCUGAACGACUACGACGACAAGUUCCUGCUGGCAAUCAAGAUCGUGUACGACAAUCUGUUCUUUGUGCGGGAAAAGCGCGAACUGGUCGCAUCGGUACCGGUGGAUGAAAUCUGUCGACUGUUGGCGGUAUUUCUGGCCAUCUUCAAAAAGGCACCCCAUUACGAGGUAUACAAACUGAUCCUGAACAAGCGCACCGUGCUGCAGUUCCUUUCCGCGGUUAGUGACGAGCUGGAGCGGAUCAAGUGCGAGCUGGUCGAGAAUCGUGGCCAGUCAAGAUGGACGAAUGAGCUGUUUUUGUAUCUGAUCUGUUGCAUUCGGGAUGCUGCUCCGGCGAAAUCUACCAAGGCGAUCAAUGCAUUGUGGCGCAAGAAGUGUGUGCUCAAGAAGAAGCUAAUCUAUUACGUGAAGGCACGCUUAAAAGCAAACCCUGAGCUGAAUGCGAUCCAGGCACGGUAUGUGAACAACCUGUCCAAGUCCGAGCUGGAAGUGUUGCGGCACGAGCUGAGGGCGAACGAAUUCGUGGAGCUCACACGUUUGACGGGACGCCGCAAUCGGGUCACCUUCUGCCGGUUGCGCAAAACGUACGAUCAUGUGAUGCAGCUGUAUUCGAUCAAGAAGAUUCUACGCUACCUCGAUGGGAUUGCACGGAUUCAGCUGCCACAGUAUCAGGUGUCGGGCGUGUUGGCGAUCAAGCGCACGUUGCAGGUGAUCGCGGAAACGGUGGCGAACACACGGUACUCGCCGGCUAUUGCACGCAAGCUGGACAGUGUGGUGCACAAGAUACUGCCCCUCAACCUGGACGUGGAUGUGCGAGAUUUCUAUCAGCCGAACGUAUCGCUGUACAAGAUGUGUUCGGAUAAGCUUGAAAUUGGUCGGUUACUACCGUUCGCGGAAGUGCAAUGUAGCCUAAAGUCGGUGCGGCGUUACUUCGCCUACGUGCACGAUCUGAAGAUGCUGGAAGCGUACAAAUGCUACCUCGGUAAUGUGCAUCAGCUCAAGAACCAUCGGCAGGUGGCAAGCUACAAUCAGUACGUGGGUGACGCGAAUCGAAUGUACUUCGAAAAUCACACCCUGGACGAUCUGUACUUCGAGCUGGAGGAUUGCAUACGCGUUGUGGAGGAACUGCAGGAAACGUUUAGCCAGCAGCAGGACGAGAAGUUGUGCGAUUUGUUGCGGUGUGUGUAUGGACCAUUGGCCCAGCGUUUCGAGUCACUGACGAAAGGUUCGGAAGGUGGAGAACGUGCUGCGCUGGCAUCGAUCAGUGCCAACUUUAACACCGUAAUGCAGCUUUGCGGGACGGAGAUAGAAAUGGCGAAGGUGCGUCGUAUCGUGGGAUCUUUUCUUGCCGAAAGCUACCCCAAGUACGAUAUCUGCAAUGAUGAGCAGUUGUUGUUGUUGAAUCCUCUUAUGCAGGAGCUGCUGCAUCUGUUCACGAACUAUCUGUACCAGUACCAGAUGGAUGAGCGGGUGACGAAGAACUUUGUAACGAUGGUCGAGGUGCUGCACGUGGGUCGAUACAUUGCGGUGGAUCAUUUUUUGCCCGAACGAACGAAACCGUUCGAUAGUUUGCUGCAUCAGAACUACACGAACGAUAUACUGAAGAAGUUUAAUCUACAGAAUCUGAGCUCGAUCGAGUUUGCAGUGCUGCAUGAGCAGCUGUCGCAAAGCUAUUAUGAUAAUUGCUACAAUCUCGAUAAGAAGUAUGCGAUACUGACGAUGUUCUUCAAGUCUACCAACCGGCAGGUGAAUGAUGCAAUUUUGAAGCGCAACAAACGUAUGGAUCGGGAAGAGUUUCAAUCGUUUCUGGACGCUAAGUUGAAGUUUAUUGGGCAGUUUUUGCCCUGCAGUGAUUUUAACGAAGUGACGCAAUUCAUCAACGAGGCGGCCCCGCACGUGGAGUACGCACUGGAGCACUGUCUGCUAGAGCUGUGCGAGAUUCUCACCGAUCUCGGUGUCUUUCAGGACAAUCAGUACGUGCUGAAGCUGCAGUCGGCAAAUGUGAGCGGCCGUAACCUGCACGAGUAUCUGCGACAGGAUGCGCUUGAGUGCGAUAUGCUGACACUGACGCACAGCACCAAGGUGAAGGUGUUUCUGAAUGGGUUGAUCUUCAAGAGCAACGAGUUUAAGCUGUACCAACCGCCGAACAGUCAGAAAGCGAACCCGGACGAGCUGCUGUCGAUCAACGAGAAUCUGAUCAACAACUACAAGAUGCGGUGGAGCUGGGUAGAACAGCAGGAGCGAUUGUUCAAGUCAGUCGAAACGAUCGAUUUGAAGUUGCUGCAGGCACUUACACCGGACUACGCCGACAUACGCGGUAUGCGGUUGGGUGUGCUGUACGAUGGUACACCUUCAACGGAGUACGAAAUCAUCGAUCACACGAUACGCAACAAUCUGAAGCAGAUGGUCGACUACCUGUCGGAGGAACUGCAAGCGAUAUCGUUCGAGAAGAAGCAAUUCUUCCAGUACGUACUAGUACGGAGCUCCAACUCCCUGUUCAUCGAUGCACACUUCACGCUAACAACGGUACAGGAACGGCAGGCAACGAUUCUCUUCAUGGCGCUUUACUUCCGCGCGUACGAUUUGUUUCUCGAAUGCGUUAAGCGAUUCGAGCUGACGGUGAACCUCGGCAAAAUCAUUAAGUAUUUGAAUCUGGAGUUUAUCGAGAAGAUUGCGAAGCAGAUGAAAGACAUUAGCUGGAACUGUCAGGAUGGAAACGGCACGACGGUACUAGAUCAAUGUGUGCAAAAGGGUGAUCUGUCGGCGAUAAAGAAGCUCAUAAAGCUGGGCGUUGACAUCUGCUCACAGACUGCGGACGGUACGUCUGCGCUACAUCGCGCAUGUAGCUUGGGUCACACGGAAAUUGCCAAACUGCUGGUCAAGCAUCACGUUCCGCUAUCCUCGCUAAGUGGAACCGAUCGCUUGCCCUUGCAUUACGCAAUACAGUAUCAUGAGAAUGAGCUUCUGUCAUUGCUGUGGUGUGACGAUAUCGAUAUAAACUCGGACAAAAACCGUUUGGUUAAGCGUGCGAUCAAGUACGGAAAUCUGGAGGCAUUGAAAUUCCUGGUCGACACACGGCAUGCCAAGCUUUCGUUCGUUGAUCAGUGUCAGAACACGGUUCUGCAUCUUUGUGCUAGCUACGGACGGUUAAACAUGCUGCGGUAUCUCUUCGACAGCCAUCAACUCACGAUCGAAGAGAACAAUCUGCUGAAUCGCCGUAACUCCUGCUCCAAAACGGCUCUUCACAUUGCGGUUCAGAAGCGCCAGACGGCGAUGGUUGCAUUUUUGCUUGUCCGAGGUGCGGACCCUAGUCCGGCAGAUGAUACGGGACGUUCGGCGUUUGAAUGGGCUGUCCAGGAAAACAGUGUGCGCAUAAUGAAGGCAUUCGCGAAACAUCACCCGACGUUGCGUUCGAUUGCCGGGUCGUCCGGUGUGGCUUCACACCCUCUAACGAUUGCGAUCGAGCAAAGGAAUGUUCGUAUGCUUAAGUUCUUGCUGAGGAAUGGAUGUAGUUUCACCGGUGAAUCACUGUGUUUGAUAAAGGCCGUAUACACGCGAUCUCUGGAGAUUGUACGAUUUAUCGUGGAGCUUUGUAAGCCAACGCUGCAGUAUCGGGAUCCAUACGACAGUACACCGUUGCAUGUGGCCAUUGCGAUAGAAUGUAAUGAAAUCGCUGCGUAUCUCAUUGAAUCCGGGGCAGAAAUAAAUGCAGUUAGUAAGUUUGGUGAUACACCGUUGCAUGUCGCUGCUCGGCACGGUAACAUAGUGGCCGCACGUAUGCUUAUCCUGAAGUAUGCUACCAUCGAUGAGCGAAACACAUCCGGACUAACACCACUGAUGCAGGCAAUGUACUCGCGUAAUCUGGACAUUAUGAAGCUGUUGAUCGGUGCGGGUGCCAAUAUCGAUCUGCUGAAGCUACAUUUGGCAGAGAUUGAGCAGCUGGCGAAACUUCCCACCAUCCACAUGUUCGUCGAUCAUUACGGACUGCUGGAGUUUAUGAUCCUGCAGCUACAGUACGACCCGAACGUGCGUGACGCCCGCAACCAGCAGAGCCUGUUGCACAAGGCGUGCUAUUCGAACAAUCUACAGAUCGUGCAGUUUCUAGUCGACUGGUGCCGGCUGCAGACGGAGCAACAGGAUGCGAACGGGCGCACCCCGCUGGCGAUAGCGAACGAAUGCAAAAACUAUGAGGUGUCCGAGUUUCUUCGCAGCAAGAAGAGGAAAAAAUCGCAAAUCGCUCCCCAACGAUACUUCGAUCCGGCCGGUUUAAUGUAACGGACGGUACCGGUGGUGGUGUAGAAAUAGCUCCGCAUCAGUGUCAGGGUGGUUUAUUUUUGUUUUUUUUUUCAUGUCCAGAGUCCUUUAAAAUAGUUGACUGUACAUGGCAACAACACCUCAGAACGGACUUGUUAAGUCGUGUGCAUUUGUUGACCACCUGCUGACCGACUCGAUCAGCUCCGGUCAGUCUUGCAUGAAUUGAACCCAGUGAAAUUGGCUCUCAAUCUAUUGAGAAUAGUAGAAUAGAAAUGUCCCAAUCGUUUUGCUAGUUUGCGUAAUUGAAGAUGAAAAGUCGUAAUGAAAAAAAGCAAUGGAAUAUAGGUGUUUGGAGCGGAUAAAUCUUCAACAGAAAGUAGCUACACAAGUAUCCCUAUCGAUUAGCACCGUGUGCUGCAACAUAGGAACAUAGAUUUUGUUAAUCUACUAUAACAGCAAAACGAUGGCCGAACAUUUCUUUCGUGAAUAGUAUCAUUCCAAUUUUUAUCACCGCUAAAGUAUCGCUUUAAAAGGCUUCUCGAAAUAAAAGUUCCUCGCGUCCCAACGCUAGUGUGUGAAAGUCACAAAAUAUGAAGCGUGAACAUCGAUCGUCUGAAUGAUCACACUCUUUAUGGUUGAUUCGGUUGGAUAAUGAGGAGAAGAAGUAUGCGUAGCAUUGCGUUUUUUUUUAGAUGGAAUAUUUUAUGCUUCUUAUCGUUACCGAAAUCGUUCUCACGAUCGAUCUUUAGCUGCUUAGUUUUGUUGAUGUUGAACGCGCUUUUUUGGGAUGUACUAAACAGAAGCCUACUAAACAGCUCAGCAAAGCUUGAGUUCUUGUACACUCGCUGGAUCUUUGAUUCAAAACUUUUUUUUCUAACAAAAGCAUUUGAUUGACGACCGAUCCUUAUUGGAUGUUCUAGUCAGUGUAUUGGUCCUGAUCAUCGUUGUACUAAAACCCAACGAACAGGCUUCGAUCGUAGACAAGCCGUACAGGAACGUGUGUAGCACUGUAAAUGGUUGACAGCUCUGAUAGGCAAACAAGGUGGUCAGUAAAGCAAAACACGGAAUCUGGUUGCGCUGGGGAAAACAAUUGAUUUCUUUCGUGAUUUUAGAUGAAUGUGUGAUUUUAGCUGUUUAUAAACCCUACAUUCCCUACUGACACAAAUGA